CAACAUAAAUAUUUACCUUUGGUGUUUUGAAUGUUUUCUUGAUUAAUUAAUUGUUUUUUUCUUUUCUUUUGUUUUAUUGGAGUUUUAAGUUGAUUAUAUUUAGUGUAUUUAGAAUCAAUUUCAAUCAUGGUCUCACCUGGAGAGGAACUUAAUUUGGAGAGUGAUAUUAAAAGAGCAGUUGAGUUACUUGGGAAGCUUCAACGGACCGAGUAUUCUGUCUGGAUGGGUUCCGAUGUUGAUCAGAAUAAAUUGGCUGCUCUUCAGAAGAUUUUGGAAUCUGAUUUUUUCAAUGCAAUUCGUGAAGUCUACGAACGUGUCUAUGAAACUGUCGACAUCACUGGUUCACCCGAUAUCAGAGCCUCUGCUACAGCAAAAGCUACGGUUGCAGUGUUUGCUGCAAGUGAGGGUCAUUCUCAUCCCAGAAUUGUUGAACUACCAAAAACUGAUGAAGGUCUUGGUUUUAACUUGAUGGGUGGAAGGGAACAAAAUUCACCAAUUUACAUUUCACGAAUCAUUCCUGGUGGAGUUGCCGAUAGACAAAGUGGCCUAAAACGUGGUGAUCAGUUGAUUUCCGUCAAUGGGGUAAAUGUAGAAGGUGAAGAUCACGAAAAGGCUGUUGAACUUUUGAAACUUGCCCAAGGAAAAGUGACUCUGGUUGUCCGAUAUACACCAAAAGUAUUAGAAGAAAUGGAAAUGCGAUUUGACAAACAACGAAUGGUUCGUCGAAGUAAAAAUUAGUUACCAAACAUUGACCAUUAGCGCGAUUGAGACCAAUCAAAAUGACCAAAUCUGAUUAAUUCCAUCAUCCUCGCCUCUCAUCUCACGUUUUUUUUAUUAAUCACCAAAUCCACUGUCACAUCAAUUCUUCCAAGUGAAUCAACGUGAAUCAAUUACCUUUACAAUUAACUCAUCCUCCUUUUCGCGUGUAUAGUUAAUUGUCAAAACACUUCUAGAUUAAAAAUCAAAUUUUCUAACAA